AUGUCAUCAUCCUUGACCAAUGAACCAUUCCGCAAUCGUUAUUCUUCUGUCAGAUCGGCUAAUUUUGCUGUUGCUGGAACAUCGUCAGAGCGUAACUGGCCGAUACGACGGGGGUAUGCGUCAAGAGCUGAGGUGGUCAGUCGCGCACAGUCAACUGAACGCUUCAAUUUACCGCCGAUCCGAAAUAUCCGAAACUCUAUCUCAUCAUCGCCAUCUCUGGGUGAUCAUUCGCAAACUAGUGAACAAAGCUGUGAGGAGGAGGCAAGCGAUCUGACAACCGAACUGUCGGUUCGUAUAGUCCAUCGAGAGAUUCACGUCCGUACCGGUGAAUUGGUCACCAUUACGAGUUCAAUACACUCAGAGGAAGCUGAGGUGGACGUGAAGUGGUAUAACGGCGAGAAGGAGAUUUCGAACAGUGGUCGUUAUCGACUAUCCGGUAAAGGAUCUCAGUACUAUUUAGAGAUAUUCGAUUGUGACGUUGCCGAUAGGGGCGAGAUUUCGUGCUUAGCAAUCAGCAGUACGUCAGUUGCAUCCGACAGUGUACAACUUUUCAUUCACGAGGAGGACAUGGCUGGUGAGGAGCCAAUGUUUAUUGAGCCAUUAACAUUCGAACAGAACGGAAUGAGCAUCACACUGCGAUGUUCAGUGAUUGGCUAUCCAAUACCGUAUUUGACGUUCCAUCGAAGGAAUCGACGCAUCCCAUCCGAUACACACAUUGGCACGUUUCUGCUCAUCAUUUGUUACUGA